AUGCCGAAACCAACCUUCGCCACCCUCACCCCGCCCAACAACCGCACCUUCCUCCGCGUCCACUCGUCUUCCUCGGCCUCUCCGCUAAGGUGGACCGGCGACCCCGCCACCUCGGGCUUCAGCGCGCUCAACACCAACCUUGCGCUGCUCACGCCAACAGCCUACACUGCGGCCAUGGAACGCUCCCAUCCCGACCCGCUUCCGUGGACGGGGUGGGAUAUAGGCCUGCACACGGCCCACAGCGUGCUCGACCACUUGAUCCGGCGCGCGGUGCCCCUCGUCCCUGGUGUGCACGCUGCAGACGACGCGUCGCCGUGGAUAUCGACCACGAGCAACCCGACCUGGGCGGUAUGGGAGAUUGCCCGCCGCCUCUCGCCCCCGCCCGUGCCCGUGCACGCGUUCGUCGUCGCAGCACCAGCUGCCGAGGAACUCGUCGAGCUCGCCGUCAUUGUCCCGACCGUCGAGGCGCACCUCGACCCGCUGCCCGUUGUCCGGUCGCUCUGGCGCGAUAGGGGCGACGGCGACGGCGGAAAGCGCACGGGUAACCAGCGCUCGGCGCUCCAGCAUGCCGAGUUUGGCGCGCGCGCCUGCGACGAGACGCUCUUCUACGGCCGCGUGUUCGCGCAGAGCAUCAUCGCGAACUACGAGUUUACGCGCGAGGUCGGUUCACGUGGGGACAUACCCAUCGACCUGCCGGAGCACUUCUUCCGCCACCCGCUCCGCGCUGGAGACUCCUGGGUCGACGCCCUCGUCUGGCGGCCAGAUGUGCACAGCUUCCCUCAAGCCCUCGACCUCCUCGAAUCGAACCGCAGACGGGUGCAGCAGAACCAACGCCAACGCGUCGCGGCCACCGCCGUCGAGCAGGCAGUGCUGCGCCGUUGA